UAUGCAACCCCACCAAUCAUUUUCUGCUCCUCUCGACCCCGAAUCCCCACUGCCAUCUCUCUCCCUCUCUCACGCUCUCUCUAUCAAUGGCUUCCGAUUCCUCUCCCGCCAACUUCGUCAACGGAGCGUCCUCUCCUGACGACUCGAACUCUAGCCCGAUCGGCAACACGUUCUCGUCCCCUGGCGAUGCCGUGAGGCGGCGUAGUCGGCGGCGAUCCACUACGCCCUCGGCGUACACGACCCCUCCCCCUCCCCCGCCGCAGCCGCACCAAUCCCGAUUCGCCGCGUCAGACGCGAACCCAGCCCUAACUCCGACCCCGAAUUCGCGCCGUGGCCGUGGGCGGAGAGCGCCCUCGACGACGCCGAUUGCGACCACGCCCUCGUCCACGGACGACGCCGCGGCCUCCUCCGAGGGCGGAGACGGCUACGACGCCGACGACGCGCGGCCGACCUUCGUGUGGGGCACGAACAUAAGCGUUGAGGAUGUCAACGAGGCGAUAUAUCGGUUCUUAAAGCAUUUCCGGGAGAGUUCGUCUGUGUCGGAGGACGAUGGGCUGCUUUUGGAAGGGAAAUAUGAGACGGCGAUUAAGAGGGUUCUUGAAGUCGAGGGAGAUUCGCUUGAUGUCGAUGCACAGGAUGUGUUUGGUUAUGAUCCUGACUUGUACACCAAGAUGGUAAGGUACCCUCUUGAGGUCCUUGCGAUUUUUGACAUUGUUUUGAUGAACAUGGUGGGCCGGAUUAACCCCUUGUUCGAGAAGCACAUUCAAACUCGGAUUUUCAAUCUCAAGAGCUCAAUUUCAAUGAGAAAUCUCAACCCAUCUGAUAUUGAGAGGAUGGUAUCAAUGAAGGGAAUGAUUAUUCGGUGUAGCUCGAUAAUACCCGAGAUCAGGGAAGCGUUAUUUAGGUGUCUUGUGUGUGGAUUCUAUUCCGAUCCUGUUGUGAUAAAUAGAGGACAAAUUACUGAACCUAGGGUGUGCUUAAAGGAGGAGUGUCAGGCUAGGAACUCCAUGACACUGGUUCACAACCGAUGCAGGUUUACUGAUAAGCAGAUUGUGAGGCUCCAGGAGACACCUGAUGAGAUCCCUGAAGGAGGGACACCACACACAGUUAGCUUGUUGAUGCAUGAUAAGCUGGUGGAUGCUGGGAAGCCAGGUGACAGAGUCGAGGUUACUGGGAUUUAUAGGGCUAUGACCGUUAGAGUUGGACCAACACAGAGGACUGUAAAAUCAUUAUUUAAGACUUACAUUGAUUGUCUUCAUAUAAAGAAAACUGACAAGUCAAGAAUGGUGGCAGAUGAUCCCAUGGAUGUCGAGAAUCCCUCGAGUAGAAGCACAGAAGAUACCCCUUUUGAUGAAGAGAAGGUUGAGCAAUUGAAAGAGCUGUCGAAACUUCCUGAUAUAUAUGACAGACUAACAAGGUCAUUGGCACCAAACAUCUGGGAGCUAGAUGAUGUGAAGAAAGGCCUCCUUUGCCAGCUUUUUGGUGGAAAUGCUUUGAAGUUGCCAUCUGGUGCUAGCUUCCGUGGGGAUAUCAAUAUCCUUCUUGUUGGUGAUCCAGGAACCAGCAAGUCCCAGCUUCUUCAAUACAUACACAAGCUAGCGCCUCGUGGCAUUUACACCAGUGGAAGGGGGAGCUCUGCUGUUGGCUUGACUGCUUAUGUUACCAAAGAUCAUGAAACAGGAGAAACUGUUCUGGAGAGCGGAGCAUUAGUUUUAAGCGACAGAGGCAUCUGCUGCAUUGAUGAAUUUGAUAAAAUGUCUGAAAAUGCGAGGAGCAUGUUGCAUGAGGUUAUGGAACAACAAACUGUUUCAAUAGCUAAGGCAGGAAUUAUUGCUUCCCUUAAUGCUAGGACUUCAGUAUUGGCUUGUGCAAAUCCAAGUGGUUCACGUUAUAAUCCUCGCUUGUCUGUGAUUGAUAACAUACACCUUCCUCCUACCUUAUUGUCCAGGUUCGAUUUGAUUUACUUAAUUCUUGAUAAGGCUGAUGAGCAGACAGACAGGCGCCUUGCCAAGCAUAUUGUUUCAUUACACUUUGAGAAUCCUGAGAGUGCAGAGCAGGAUGUCUUGGACCUUUCUACAUUAAUUGCGUAUUUGGGCUAUGCCCGUAGGCAUAUUCACCCACAGUUAUCUGAUGAAGCUGCUGAAGAGUUGACUAGAGGGUAUGUUGAGAUGAGGAGGAGAGGAAAUUUCCCAGGAAGUAGCAAGAAGGUGAUAACAGCAACGCCUAGGCAGAUUGAGAGUUUGAUACGACUUAGUGAAGCCCUUGCUCGAAUUCGCUUCUCAGAAUGGGUCGAAAAGCAUGAUGUAAUGGAAGCAUUUCGGCUUCUGGAAGUUGCAAUGCAACAGUCAGCAACAGAUCACUCUACUGGAACUAUUGACAUGGAUCUUAUCACUACUGGAGUUUCAGCAAGUGAAAGGAUGAGACGGGAGAGUUUAUUAUCAGCAAUCCGCAACAUAGUUAUGGAGAAGAUGAAACUUGGGGGACCCUCAAUGCGCUUGUUGGAGUUGGUGGAUGAGUUGAAAAGGCAGAGCUCUGGUGGUGAAUUACACCUUAAUGAUGUAAGGAAUGCAGUUUCGACUCUUGCAAGCGAGGGAUUUGUAGCUGUCCAUGGUGACAGUUUGAAAAGAAUAUGAUGGGACGGGAAGGAACCAUGAGAGAAGAAAUGGAGCUGGUUCUUGUGGUUGAUAUGCCACAGCAAAAAUAUCCAAGCUGUGCCUUGCUUACUGAAAGUGCUGCCCCGGUAAUAGUUACAAGUUUUAUUCAAUAUCCAAAUCCCACCUAUCUGGCUAAGCAUGGAGUGCGCUAACAUAAAGUUUCCAAGGUAGGGUGGAUGCGUGUAAAUGCUUUCUGCAGUUCCAAUCUUCUUAGUUGAACGUUCAAAUGUUUCAAGAAUUAGUAAAUUAUCAGACGAAGAAUCAAUGAAAAUCUAGCUGCUUUCUAGCCGUUUGAGGAGAUUGAAA